CUUGGAGGUAUAGCGUAGAAAAAUCAGUACACAGACCACUGACGAACACAAGGAAUAUGUCGGUUGAAGUCUCUUGCAGCUAUUUCUUGUCUUGGUCAAAAACUUCUCAAGUUCAUGAAAAUUCGAAUUUUAACAACCCCAUUAUGUCAAGAUGGAGGCAGAACGCCAAUGUAGUUAGAUGUUGUAAUAGAAGAUCAUGGGAGAAACCAAUAGCUCAAAACAAUUACUAUGAAUUGCUUGGAGUUUCUAUUGAUUCAAAUUCCCAUGAAAUCAAAGAAGCUUACCGGAAGUUGCAAAAGAAGUAUCAUCCAGAUAUAGUUGGUCAAAAGGGUCAUGAGUAUACUCUAAAGCUAAAUAAGGCUUAUGAAGUGCUGAUGACAGAAGAUCUAAGGAAAAAAUAUGAUGAAUCCAUUGGUCAGAUGAGGUUAAGAUUUGGGGAAAACAACACUCCCUUGGGUUACAGCACAUGGAAAGGGCCUUUAAGACCACAAGCUUUAUUUGUUGAUGAAAAUGCAUGCAUAGGAUGCAGAGAAUGUGUACAUCAUGCAAGCCAAACAUUCACUAUGGAUGAAGCUCUAGGAUGUGCCCGGGUUAAAGUUCAAUAUGGAGACAAUGACCAAAAUCUUGAGGUGUCUGUUGAGUCAUGCCCAGUUAAUUGCAUACAUUGGGUGGAGACAGAAAAAUUGCCAGUGCUUGAGUUCCUUAUCCAGCCUCAACCAAAGGAUGGGUAUGGUGUAUUUGGAGGAGGUUGGGAAAAGCCUGCAAAUGUUUUCACUGCUGCAGAGUCUUUCAACAAACAACUGAAGAGACAUGCAGCAACUGGAUACAAUCCAAGCAAUGGAGGGACUGUUGAUGAAAGUCCUGCUCAAGCUGAAGCUAGAGCUCAUGCAAGUAUGAAGUUAAAGAUGGAGAUUUUCUUGAAAAUUUGGAACUGGGUGAAAGAAACCUUGGGUAUAAAUAUUACUUAGGGCUAAAAUAUGGACAAAUAUAUGAAAGAGUUAUGCUGCUUAUGCAGAAUAUUUUAUACAAAUACCAAUAUAGAAUGAUGAGUCUACUUGAGAUAAGGUGAUUUAUUAGUGUAAUUUAUUCUAGAGUAAAUACAUUUUUGGUCCUCAACAAAUUUCACGAUGUCCGUUUUAGUCUCUAACAAAUAAAAGGGUCCAUCGUGGUCCCUAAAAAAUUCAAAAUGGACCACUUUAGUUGAAAUUGUGGUCCCUCACAAAUUCAAAAAAAACUCAUAUUAAUCCCUGAAAGGACUAAAAUGAGUCCAUUUUGAAUUUCUUAGGGACCACCAUGGGCCUUUAUAUUUACUAGGGACUAAAGCGGGCAUCAUGAAAUUUGCUAAGGACAAAAAAUGAUAUUUACUCUUU